AUGGAAGGAAAGGCACAGCGGGGACGCGGUAGGGGUGGUGGCCAAAGAGGGGAAAGAGGAGGAGAGGCCAAAACGAAGAAGACAGCGUCAAAGGAGGUGCAGCCCCGGAGGACUCGAGCCGAGGAUGGAGAAACAUUUGUGCCUCCGAUUUCGUGCAAUUUCCUCACCGCAGGCCCGCCGCCCAUCCGCACUGCCAAGCGAAAGCCAGAUGCCGCUGCCGCUUCAGCACCAGGACCCAAGAAAGGGGGAAGUGGGCCUCCUCCCGCCAAGAAGGCGAAGGUAGGGACACAGGGACAAGCACAAGCUGGUUCUAACCAGGCUAAGGGGCCGACUGAAGCUGGAGCGGCACCACCACAAAAGAAGGUCUUCCUCUACGGUAACUAUGACCGCUAUUACAGCUACAGGAACAAAGGAAAUGUCUUCAACGAUGCCCGUCUCGAUUGCUUCAAGAAGGAGUGGUUUGAGGGCAAGCGUGUGCUCGACAUCGGCUGCAACAUGGGCAUUGUGACGAAGCUCGUCGCCAGGAAUUUUGCACCGAAGUACAUCUUGGGCGUUGAUGUGGACGAGGACCUGAUCCAGCGAGCGCAGCAGGGCCUCGAGAGGGACCAGCGAAGGAAAGACAAAUAUGAGGAGAAGCGCAAGGCCAACCGGAUCAAGUUCGACGACGACGGUCGGCCCGAGGAGCAGAGCAGCAAAGACGAGGCACCCAAGAAGGAAGAAGCGAUGGACGAGGAGAAGGACCAAGCGGACAACCAGCCAGAGAAAUCCAGCAAGUACCCAUACAACAUCGCCUACCAAACGGAGAACGUCAUCGAAGACGAUGGUCAGCAUGACCAGAAGUACGACGUGAUCCUGUGCUUGAGCGUCACCAAGUGGAUCCACCUCAACUGGGGCGAUGAGGGCAUUAAAACGCUCUUCCGGAAGAUACACGAUCUGCUGAACGAAGGCGGCGUGCUGAUCCUCGAGCCGCAAGAAUGGAAGAGCUACAUGAAGAAGGCGAAACUCACGCCGGCGCAUAAGGUGAACAGACGCGCCGUCCAGCUGCGCCCGGAGCAGUUCCGCACCUACCUCAUGGAGGAGCUGGGAUUCAAGCACUGCGAGGUGCUCAGAAGCGGAACGCCGAAGGAGAAGAAGCAGCGAGGCCAGAAGAGCGAAAAGGGCGAGAAGGAUCAGCCGUCUGCCAAGACAAAAGAGAUGGAGACAGAGAAGGAGGAGGAAGGAGGAGGCAAGAAGGAGGAGAAGAAGUCGGAUGGUUUCGAUCGUGGCAUGUUCCUAUACCGCAAGUGA